GUUUAUCAAAGUUGAAUGCUGGUUUAUUCCAAUGGCCGCCACCACUGGGCGACUGUUCGGAUUUGGUAUUCGGGCGUGUGGCAACACUGGCAGGGUGUGUCUCUUCAAGUCGGUGCCGGGCAUGAGAUCAGUUCUCACCUUAUGGUUUCUCUCUACACAGUUUCUAGUGUGCAUCAUCAUCGUCGCGGUGGGCUCUUCUGCCGCUAACUCGGACCUAGAGAGCAAACUUCGCGAUGCUAUUCGCACUGGAGAAAAACAGGUAGUCACACUCACUGACGAUGUUCUGCUCACGAACGACCUGGAGGACAUUGCUUGCCCCGACCUGACGAUCACGGGCAACUGCCCCGGGAGGAAAUGUGUAAUCGAUGGCCAGAAUAAGUAUGCUGCGUUCCGCGAACCGACCAAGCUGACUCUGCAACACCUAGAGAUCGUGAGGAUGCGAAGCAACAACCCUCGCCGAGCUCCGGUGGUCCAUGCGAAUUACGGCGGUGCGGAUGUCGUCAUUGACGACUGCACCAUCAGAGACAGCGUUGGAAGUGAAGCAAGAACAGGAGCCGUGUACGUCAGCGAGAGCGAGCUGAAGAUUGAGAAGACGACCUUCGAACGGAACCUCGGGAGCCGUUUCGGAGGGGCCAUUUUCCUCGAUUCUUUCUCCAGAAUGACAGCCAUCGAGAGCGUUUUCGCACACAAUAGCGCGGCUAUCGGCGGGGCCGUUGCGAACCUCGAAAGCUCCAUGAUGUUUGUCCGAUGCCGCUUCAGUGACAACAGCGCAACGAAAGGAGGAGGAGCCAUAGCCUUGCACGACGCCGACGGCACAGGGGGAACAUUUAUGAGGACAGCCUUCACGAACAACACCUCAGCAGAGAGAGGCGGCGCAGUAUACGUAGGGCACAUAAACUCUGUGGUGAGAUUCUGCAGCUGUCAGUUCACAGGAAACCAGAGGGAUAACAUCUACAUAGAGAGGAUGGGGAGGGGGAGCGUCAACUUCUGCCCCAGGCGGCCUACCGCAGGUAUCACGUUACAAGACGAGGAAAUUGGGGCGCUCACCGUGCAGGAUGGCUGCAGUGCCUGUCCAUCACCGGGGCGCCUGUGAGUCUUCCACGCCAGAGAGGCGGUCGCAGAAUGGAUGCAUGGAAAAAGGGAGGAGAACCUAACAGAAAAUAGACACU